CUCAUCAUCACCAUCACCAUCAUCUGCCUCCUCCUCCUCCUCCUCCUCUUCCUCGUCCCUCUUUAGUGCCGGGAUAUCUUCCCAGUCUCUUUUCUCCCCCGUCCACGGAGCGUGUCCUAGCAGCGGAUUAUGUCCACGGUGCUGCGCUUCUUGCCUCCGCGCCACACGGCAGAGAGGAGCCGCUAGAGGACACGCGUCGCUACCGUGCAACAAGAGGCGUGUGUAGUGUGUGUGUGGAAGUGAUACCGAGGAGGAGGAGGAGAAGGAGGAGGACUGAGAAGGAACAAUAAAAGUAUUUUUGAGCGGUUAAUCCCGGGACAGAGUUGACGGAUUGUACGGUGCAGCUGCAGGGGUUGAAGACAUUCGGCUGGCGAAUGGUUGUCGGUUUUGAAGAGACGAGUCACCUCUGCAAGUCUCCGAUGAAGAUGAAGUCUGCGGGCAUCGUGGAUGGAGGCUUGUUCACAGAGAGUUAUUGCAACAUCUGCAAUGCCCAGCUCAUCUCUGAGUCCCAGCGCACGGCACACUAUGAGAGUAAGAAACACGCCAACAAGGUGCGUCUGUUUUACAUGCUUCACCCGGAAGAUGGAGGACCACCUUCAAAAAGACUAAGGCCAGAUAACCCGGACUGUGCAGAGACAGAGGUGGACAAGAACAAGUGCUGUACCCUGUGUAACAUGUUCUUCACCUCAGCCAUCGUGGCCCAGUCCCACUACCAGGGCAAAACCCACGCCAAGAGAGUCCGCCUGGUGCUGGGCGAGCAACCGAGCAUCCCCACAGCCUUGACCAUGCAGCCUACAAACGCAGAUUCCUCCCCUUCAACCCCGCUGCCCACAGACCCCACGGCGUGCCCUCCUCCUCUCUCGCCCCUGCCCUGGCCCAUGGCGGUGGUCAGCGGGAACGGCGGGAGAGAAGCCGGUAAAUACUGCUGCCUCUGCGGCGCCUGGUUCAAUAACCCCCUGAUGGCCCAGCAGCACUACGAGGGCAAGAAGCACCGCAGGAACGCGGCCCGAGCACGCCUGGUGGAGCAGCUUGCGGGGAGCUUGGAUGCCACGGAGAGCACAGGGCUGCGGAGUAGUUAUUCCUGCAGCGUCUGCAGCGUGGUCCUCAACUCCAUCGAGCAGUACCAUGCACACCUCCAGGGCUCGAAACAUCAGAACAACCUAAAGCAACACCAGCAAUGAGCUACAAACAGAGGUCCCUUCAGAAAGAGAUGGAGUUAGCCGAGACUUCACAAAUCCUGCCAUAUGUCACAAACUGAAGAGUGUAUGUGUAGAUGUUUGUCUGUGCAGGACAUGCAUCCGAUGUGUGUGUUAUUAUAAAGAUAAUAAUUUAUUUAUGUGGCUGAAAACUAUAUCUUUUGAGAUUGAUUCAGCACCAAAGUUUAUGACAAACAUUUGACAGCCAUUAGAGAUGAUUUGGUAUGAACUGCCGAAACCCAGUCCUAUAUGUUAGGUGUCAGUGUGAUGAACCAAAUGUUUCUGGUGAAGCCCAUUGGUAUUCAUACCUUGGCAAAAUUUGAAGAUUUAUUAGGCAGACUAUGGCCUAUUAUUAGUCAAAAAAUAUUGAAAGACAAGUUUUAUGCAGUAUUGUGGUAACCUUUCACACUACAUGGAGAUUGGUUAUUGAUCCAGCAGAGCCGAGCCGACCUGCCGUGGUUGUGAUCGAGUGAAAAGAGGAUCCUCCUCUAAUUCUGUCUGUAAGUGGUUCGUUCCUCCACCACUCUGUUGGAAACACUUUCUAAAGUUUAGAGUAAGUAAAUUAAAGCGGCUCAGUGGUGGCGGCCAUCUUUAAUGUCCCUGCAGUGAUCCCGUAGCCUAAUGUAAACAACAAUCGGAGUGUAUAAGUGACUAUUAAGUGACUGUUAUUUUAUGUCGACAGGGCUCUAAUAAUGUUAAAAACUGUAUUUAGAAAGUUAUUAACAGGAAGGGAUGGGUAAUAUGGACCAAAGGUCAUAUGCCAAUAUAUUUAGGUAGAAUAUCGAUAUUACGAUAUAUAUUGAUAUUUGUCCAUAACUGAGUUCAGACAAAAGUCAAAGCCAAAUUUGUGUGCAAAGUUUGAUUAAAAUGUAAGCAAUAUUGAAGUAAAAUAGCCACUGAAAUAAAAUAGUAUAUUCUCUUUUUUUAAAUAAAUAUAUAAAAAGUUAAAUAUACUGUUCAAUUUGUUCAAAGCAGCCGCGUUAGCGCCGUUAGCAUUUCCAUCUCUCAUUCCCCAUGACAGACAGUAAACAUAGUUAUGCCGUCUUUGAAGACCUUUAUACCGUCUUUUUCGUUGUUCACUCCCACUAUGCAGCCUCCCCACCUCCAUAUUUCCGCAGGGAUCUGCUCAUUUGACGUUGCGAAUGGAUAAGGGAAAGCACUAUUAACACUAAAAACACUGCCGGAGACGGAGCUGUCAUAACUAGCUUGCAUUCGGGCGGCGCCAUCUUGACACACAAAACCUCCUUGAAAUGAUGAAAUCUAGUCAAUAUUGAUAUGAACGACACGCUUGUUUUGGAUAUUGUGCUUAACGCCCAGCCCUAUAAACAAGUUUUUUACGCUCUAAACUACAAAAAUAUUCAGUUUAUUAUUGUUGACUCAUAAUUGUCGGAAAUUCAUUUGACAUGGUUGGUUCCGAGAACCAAUUAACUGUGAUAAACGAGAGGUUACUGUAUUUGGAGUUUAAAACUAAAUAGAAAGAAUGAUGGAACAAACACUGACCAGGGUAUAAUGGUCAAAGAACAAACAGUAAACAUAGUUAUGCCAUCUUUGAAGACCUUUAUACCGUCUUUUUCGCUGUUCACUCCCGCUAUGCAGCCUCUCCACCUCCCAUAUUUCCACAGGGAUAUCCGAUCAUUUGAUGUAGCGAAGGGAUGCUAAUUUGAACGAUACGUUUGUUUUGGAUACCUAUGAACAGGUUUUGUACGCUCUAAACUACGAAAAUAUUCAGUUUAUUAUUGUUGACUCAUAUGUGUUGAAAAUUAAUUUGACGUGGUUGGUUCCGAGAACCAAUUAACUGCGAUAAACGAGAGGUUACUAUAUUUGGAGUUUAAAACAAAAUAAAAAGAAAAAUGGAACAAACAUUGACCAGGGUAUGAAUAAUUUUGGGCUACCUGUUUAUGACUGUGUGCUCAUUUCCACACCAUGUGAGAACAACUUUAUUACUCCAGGACAAGAAAUCGCCCUACGACUUCAGAGUGCAUGAAUUCCCGCAACGUCCUGUGGAACAAAGGUUCCACAACCAUUUUCUGGUUUGAAUGUCUGAAUCCCCCAGGAUUGAAUGCAACCCAAGUGAUUGAAGCGUCGUCACGAAACCCAUUUUUUGAGAUGAUUCUACACAAUCCAGUGCUGCUAUGGCAUGAAUUUGUGACAGCAGACAAAAGCAGCACAAAGACCUUUAAACUCACGCUUGGAUGUGUGACGCUUUUUUUUUGUGUUGGAACUGUUGAAAACAUUCCUUACAGAACUGAAUAUUGAUGUCAGAAGCACUCCAGAGGCAACAAAAAAAACACCCCUGGUCUGUUUAAAAAGGGCAACGUGUAGAUAACUUAUUUUUUUGUUGCUAGAGCCAGAGGAAAAACAUCACUUGCAAAACUAUGUAGCAGUCAGUGUGCAAUGAUACUGUAACUAAAUGCAUGUAAACCGUGGCAUUCAAUUGUUUUUUUGUUUUUUAAAUUGAUUGCUUGCACAUUUUGGCAAUAACGUUAGCUUCGUAACGCAUUAAUGCUCAAACGUCAACAACUUUUACUACACUUCUUUUGAUACCCAGUGAACAUUGUGUAAGUCCUCUUAUCACAGUGUCUGUAAAGUGAAUUUCAACAACGGUCCGUAGCACUUUAAGAUGAGAAAACACAGCUUACUUACGUGCUAUUGCUAAGAUCUCACUGAUCUGUCAUUUAUUCUGAAGUUAAGGACUGAAAAACAAUAAGCUAUUGUGUCCUUUCUUUUUCGGAUGAUAUCUGUUUCAACACUAAUAGAUCAAACAAUGUUUUUUAUUUGUGCAUUGUGUGAGAGAAGAGUGGACUUCAAAUGACCUACUGUAAUUAGAAAUAGUUUGUUUAUGUAAGCAAGCGGUAGCUGCAAGUUGUCUAUUGAGGAUUACAAGAGUUUUGUAUUCACAUUGUUUAUCUGCACUAAGCCACAGGGUGAUGAGGGAAAUGUGUUCAUAUUAUUGAAUAUUAAUAAUAAAUAUACAGACAAUGAUAUGUCUUUUCAGUGUGUGAUGCCAUUAGAGAUGAACAUGGAGGAUCAUCGUUGGUUAUGUUCUCCAGAAAGAAAAACUAACAUCAGUAGUGCUGUGUUGAAUUGUUGCACUUCCUGUAUGGAUGGCAAGGAUUUAUUCAUACGGGAUGUGUGUUUGUGAAUAUGAAGCUGUCAGCAAUGAAAAGUAUAUUUGAAAACAGGCAACUAACUAUAUACAGUAUUUUUUAUUGUAUUACCUUUUUUACUUUCCUGCUUUCUGUUUGCACCUCCAUGUACAGUAAAUACAGUAUUGGAAAAGUAAGGUCAAUUUCUUUAUUUUUGCUAUAGAAAAAUUUGUGUUUGACAUCAAAAGAUGAAUAUGAGACCAUAUUUUAUUUGCAGGUAUUUUCAUCUGGACCGGAUGCACGGCUUAGAAGAUAGCACAAAAAAAGAACAUAUAUUUUACAUAACAUGUUUAGAAAUCGUAACUCGCUUUUAAAGUAGUUUUUACUCACCGCUGAUACUACAAGUCCCAGAAUGCAGUGCGUUUUGUGCCGUCAGUUAGCUUUACCCAGCUCUCUUUCGCUGUCACGAAGCUCUUAGAACUCAGGUUUGAGUUUUGUGACACAAAUAAGUGGUCCAAAAUGUAUAUACAAGUAUUUAAAUAUAUAUAUAUAUUGAUAAACAUAUAUAUUUAGAGUCAUAUAUAUGUAAUAUUCUAUGAAUAGUAUGCUCGUUACUUAGCUUACAUUAGCUAGAAUGUAACUUCCUGUUCCUGUGACUACGGCAGCCUUUGGUGGUCAAAAAGGCAUCAACGGUGUCCUGUGACUAAAGCACUGUAUUGUACUAAGUGACAAAUUUACUUAUUUUAUGAUGAAAGCGUUGGUGUUUUAUCAGUAUAAUUUCUGCAAUUUUCUGUAUUAGUAGGAAGGAAAAAAAGAAAAUGAAAAAAAAGAAGAUAGCACCAUUUUUUUAAUGUGAGCUAAAGUAUGACAGGUGUGUUCUAUUGCAUUGUUUAUUCUAAAUAAAUAAAUAGCACUAUUAGUUAAAUAGCACGAUAAAUACCACUGAAUGUUUACUCUGUUUCAGAUUGACCAGGAUUGGUUGUAACUGUGUGGACUGCAUUUCUGUGUGUGGAUGAAAAGCAAGCAAUUAUGAAUCUGAGAGAAGAUGGAUAUUCGGUCAGAACCAUUGCUCAAAAAUUGGUCAGAGACACUAUAACUUUUUGCCGCGUCCUCAAGAAGAAGGAAACUACUGUUGGAACAGAUAGAUCAAGGGAACUAUCUGAUGCUGAUGACAUAAACUUUUAAAGAAAGACCCUAAAACAACUGGUAGUGUCUCCAAAAACAGCCUGCAGAGAACAAAUGUGAAGGUACCACUAUCUACUAGUACAUUGGCUGCACCAGUACAUGCAAACUAUUCCAUUUCCCAACAGAAUUUGAAGUCCAGGCUGGCAUUUGCCCAAAAAAAAGUAUAGAAAUCAGACUAAAACAAGUCUGAGAUAAAACUUUUAAGGAUUGAUUAAUUUUUGAGGCUCAGCUGUACUUUUUGACCUACCUCCUUCAACACUUGAGGAGGGCACGCUGUGUGAAACUUCAUCUGUCUGUCAUCUUCAGUUAACACACAUGCACAACCUCAUGUUUUGUCUGCUAAAAUCUGUGGAAUAUCACAUAGAACACAUAGUAUCUACAAAAAGAGUAUAUCCUUCAGAUUUCAGCAAUUACUGUAUAUCUACUCAAGAUAUUCCAACAAUAAUAGAUACAUACACAAAAAUGACCUGAAUAUUCCUUGGAUCUCUGCGAGCGACAUUAGACUUGCACAUUUGUAGUAUCACACCUGAGAAUUUCAAUUCUGUCAUAUUUUGUAUAGGAUUGGUUUCAUACUGACGGCAAUGAGGAUUCCAGCUCUGGUCUCAUACAAUUAACUAUCUGUAUCCCCGAGUUUAUCGCUUCAUUUUCCAUUUCUUUUCUUGUUUACCAUUUACAUUAUUCAUUAAUUAU